UAACAGGUCAGAAUUGAACUGUUUUAUAGUGAAACAUAUAUAUCUAUUUCUAAUCAAUAUCUCCUCAGGAGGAAAGUAAGAAGUUUAUAUGUUUACAAAUUGUGUACUUCAAAGAAGUAUGACUCACACAUAUUCCGAGUAGAAGCUAUCAAUUUGGCCAAAACAAGACAUUCCACAGCUAUGAGAGAGUUAAUGAUGUACGGUCACUUGGUCAAAGGUUAGUAACUCGACCCCCCCCCCCCCCCCCCCCCCCUUUCCAGAACACUUGUAGUAACUUAGCCAAACAAACCCCAGAUUGUAAACAUCGGAUAAGAACCCCCAAAACAAAAGACUUCCUGUCUCGAUCCCUCCCAAUGAAGACCCUUUCCCAGAACAGGUUAUGUGUGGUAGCUAUACCACCGUGAGAGUGUAGCUGUUAUAAAAGAAGGCAGAGGUAUUUGACAGAUUCACUCCUGUACUGCACCCCAUCCAUGGGGCAGGCAGGGAGGUCGACUCUGCAAGCUUUUGGUGUAACAUGUCAUUAUAUAGGUGUUGACAAUCAACAUGUAAGAAGCGGGAACGAGAGGAAACGGUCCUCUAGGCCAGAUUGCCAGGGGAAAGGAGCAAAAAACAUUGGUUUCGUGACAAGGUUCCACGUUGGACUUGGAGCAGUUACAUCAAACGUUUAUGAUGUUAUGCCACUAGAGAUGUGCUGCAAAUGUGUGCCUUCUACCACUCGCUGCUGUGAUUGUCGACUGUGUUGCUGCCACCACGACACCAAAUAUUGCCUUCCGUGCCACGCCUUGAUGUAGAUGAUCAUCAAGUUGCUGCCACUGCUGCUAGUGUCUGUAUAAUGGUAAGGCUGCCUCGGGGUUGGCAGCUGUGUCCCAAAUGCUGCACUAGAUUCUGUAGCAGAUUCUUCUAGACCUGUGCAAAGCUUCUACCGCUGCCCUCCCCAAAUUCCUGCCCUCAACCUACAAGCACCUGAAAAUAACGAUCCGUCCGUCCGUCCGUCCGUCUGUCCUUGGAGCUUCUGCAUCUGUGUUGGAUGAGUGAGUCUGGCGCCACCAUGGAUGGAAAUGUGCCAUUGACGCAGCAGACGCAGCAGCCAUCGCAGGAGAUGGCAGACCUCCCUCUGAGUCAGGAGACAUUUCACGCCCUGUGGGCCACGCUCCAGAACGAUGUCACGUCAGGGUCCAUCCUGCAGGACCCUGUCCAGGUCAACCUGCAGAACUAUGACUUUGGGACCAACGUGAUCCAGGAGAACCAGGUCGAGUUCCAGGUCGAACAGAUCCAGAUGGAGCCACAUAUACCCAACCUGAGUAUCAUUCCCAGCAUGCCCAGCCUUCCCAGCAUGCCGAGCCUUCCCAACAUGAACAGCGAAGGAUCGUUCUUGGACCAGCUGAACUCGGCCUUGCCUCCCCAGGCGGGGACAGACCAGACGCCUGGCCACAACAUGCCCAGCUCGACGGGAUACGCAUCGGCCACCGAACCUGCUACCUCCCCUCCUCCAUCUUUCUCUCCCCCUCCCAACAACCAACAGCUGCCGUCCAAUGUGGAGUAUCCAGGGGAUUAUGCAUUUGAGAUCAAUCUCGGCCAACCCACUUCCCAGGCGGCUAAGAGUGUAUCAUGGACUUACAGUCCCACUCUAAAGAAGUUGUUUGUGGACAGGGACAAGCCAUGCCCUAUUCAAUUCAAAACUACAUCAGCGCCCCCUCCAAACUGCUUCAUCAGGGUCCUGCCUAUAUUCAAACAAGCGGAGAACCUGGCCGAAGUAGUCAGUAGGUGCCCCAACCACGUGGGUUCGCCGCAGGAUUAUUCCAAGGACCAUUUGGUCCUCUGCAGUGAUCCUGCCACGAUGUAUUACACCGAUCUACAAAGUGCACGGCACAGCCUUGUAGUCCCGUACACUGUGCCUCAGGUUGGGACAGAGUUCUCAAAGUAUCUUUUCACCUUCAAAUGCUUCAUUUCUUGUGUCGGAGGGUUGAACAGAAGAAAGAUCCAACUGGUCUUCACGCUAGAGAAUGAGACUGGGAGCAUCCUUGGUCGACAGGUAUUGGACGUACGGGUGUGUGCCUGUCCAGGCAGAGACCGUAAGACGGAGGAGAAGUCCUUUGAGAAGUCCAAGGCUCCUCAGAAGAAACCACUCAAGAGAGGUCCCAGCAAAGUCACAUCUGUAGUUGGGCUGACAUCUUUCUCCAAGAAAGCCAAGAAAGAUGAAGAAACCUUCCUCAUAGAGGUCCAAGGGCGUGAGAAGUACGAGCUGCUGAUGAAGAUCAAGGAGAGUCUAGACCUCAUGGAUUGCGUUGCGCCCAAUCAGAUCAGUCAGUACAGACAACAGCAGGCUCAACAACAAAUGCGACUUAAUAACCAUCUCCCUAACGGUGUACCCAACCUGCCACGAGUGAGCUCCUUCCAGUCCACCCCGCCCCCAUCCACCUCGCAAGGGAACACCUUCCACCCCACCCUAGCUCUCAACAGCACCCCUCCCCUCAACCACGCCCCUUCCCUCAACCACUCCUCUCCCCCACUGCUCAACCACAGCCACUCCUACCAGCAACAACAAACACUUCAACAGCCAUUUACCAACUUGGAGCCCUAUCCCCCUUCGACGUCAACGAGCCUUGAACGUCGGAACACGAUGCCAUGUAAAGAUGAAGCUGACGGUCCAAACAUGAUGGAGGUCGAUGCCAUCCCUACCAGCCAAGGUUUCCCUGUUACGAGGGAUCUGACCCUGCCUAAUCCUUGCCACACCCAGAACAUAAGCCCCUCUCAAGAUCCCUCUAUAGAUUGCUUUUUAAAGAGACUUGGUUUAAGGCAGCACUCCGAUAUUUUCACUCAGAAAAACGUUCAUACUGUGGAUCAACUGGAGGAGAUUAAUAUGGAGGACUUGUCGAGCAUACCUCACCAGCAACGAGAAAUCCUCUGGAAGGCCAUCCUAGAGCUUAAGGGCGGUCUCCAGCUCAAUCACACCCCUACCAUGAACAGAGGCAAUAGCAGUGCAUCCACAACGAGUAUCCACUCCAGUGGGGGAUCGAUGGUCGGUAACCAAGUGUACCGAGCCACCCGCUUCACCCUCAAACAGACUCUAUCUUUCAAGGUGGAGAAGGAGGAUGAUUAAGUUCCGGAAGGAGGAUGUUUAAGUUUUAAGGAUCGUUGGUCUGCAACCAAGUGUACCGUGCCACUCGCUUUACUCUCAAGCAGACUCUAUCUUUCAAGGUGGAUGAUUAAGUUCCAGAAGGAAGCCUGUUACGGAUGAGUUGAUGGAUAGCUUAUGUUGGUACUGCACCUCGAUGGUUGAUGGUGGAGAAGGAGGAUGAUUAAGUUAUGGAUGAGUUGAUGGAUAGCUUAUGUUCGUACUUGACCCUGAUGGUUGAUGGUGGAGAAGGAGGAUGAUUAAGUUCCAGAAGGAAGCCUGUUGUUAUGGAUGAGUUGAUGGAUAGCUUAUGUUGGUACUGCACCUCGAUGGUUGAUGGUGGAGAAGGAGGAGGAUGAUUAAGUUCUGGAAGGAAGCCUGUUAUGGAUGAGUUGAUGGAUAGGUUAUGUUCGUACUUGACCUUGAUGGUUGAUGGUGGAGAAGGGAGACUGUUAAUCUUAUGAUGGAGAGCCUACCAUGAUCAGAGGGAAUAAGGUGCGUCCAUCACGAGCAUCCGCUCAAGUGGGGGUUACCCAGUGUACCAUGCCAUUAGUUUGAUUCUUUACCAGACUCUGGACAUCAUUUAAGGUGGGGAAGGAUGGCGAUUAAGUUCCAUAUGAAAGACCGUCGUAGAAGGUUACGCUCGAGUUGAUAGAAAGCAGAAGUCUUACUGCACACUACACCCUCUAUACGAAACUGUUCUUAAUGUUGGAGGAGUGAGAUGAUCAUUCUUGUGUUCAAGGAAAGCGGAGCAUAUCUUGUGCUGAAGAUGAUGAAGAAUUGGCCCGAGCCUGUGCCUCGUAUUUUAGACAUCGUUUUACAAACAUGAGGAGGUUGAUUAAUAUUGUGAAGGAAAGAAAAUCGUACCUGUGGAAGGUUGUGCGAAGGAUGUUGAAAGCUGAAGUCUGUGCUACAGAUCCCGUUGUUCGAAGGAAGAAAAAAGAGGGAUGAUUAGCAUCUCGAAUGAAAGAGAAGCAUGCCUUUGAAAGGAGACCACAGCUUUGAUAGGUUCUUGUGAAAGACGUGCCUCGGUUCCAGAAAAUCUUCUGAAACCCUCUCGGCCGAGAAGCAAGCAGCAUUCGAUCACAAGAAGGAAGGAAUCGUAUCACAGUGGAUAUUAUUCAGUUGUAAUGUGGAAGGGACAAAGGAGGACAGCUAUCUUGAUCAGGGCACAUGGCAGAAACCUGUAUGGCUAGGAAUGCCACAGAGAUGAAUAUUGGACUAUUAUGUGCUCUGGAUACUCCCUAGAUAACUGCAGCUGGAUAUGCUGUAGAACAGAGCUGACUAUUGUGGAAAAUAUCUCUUCUACCAAAAUAGAAUUACAGGAAUGGCUUUGGUGAAGGAUUUUUUAAUGAUUGUCUUCAAGAACAACCCAAGGAUAUUAUUCAUGAACAACACGAGACAAAUAUGGCUUUAAACAUUUUACAAUGAUUGUCUCGUAGAAAAAUUAACAAAGAUCUUAACAUAGGACAGUUUGUGAAUGUAUUCUUAAAUUGUAUUGUUGGGACUGAUGUUCACAAAUAAUUUGUUGAGACAGGUAUUUCAGCUCACUGCCACUGUAUCUAGCAGAAACUUUUGAAUUGACCGUGGGUGUACCGUAAUAUGUAUGUCAUCAUGUGUAUGGCUUUUAGGAAAGAGAGCAAGUGGCGAUUGUAACUGAGCUUUGCGACUGUGUCAAGCAGUGUACGAAUGUGUGUGAUAAAGUCAGAUUUGUCCUGCAAGGCUGUGCUGUAUGUUGUCCUGCUUCACGUGUUGAUACAGGUUUUGAUGGGCAUACUUGUUACUGUCUCAUCUAUAUAUGUCAACCAGGUGCAGCAUUCAAUCUGAUACUAUAAUAAAUUAGACAUAUUAGUCAUCUUUCUAAACCAGAAGAGUGUUUCAAAUUCCGUAAUAAGGGCAUCAUCCCAUCCAAAGUUGUGUCCAGUAUUAAGGUCGUGUUCUUCUGGUACCGAAUGAGAUGGGGCUCUUUUGUGCUCUUUACAUUGAUCCUUCAAGGUUCUCUGCGUUUCUCUAGCGUAGGCUUUGUUACAAUCAGCUUUACAAUAGGUAGUGGUGGAGGGUUUGGAUUGGUGACUGGUCAUAGUGUUACAAGGACUACCUCAAAAUUAUUUUUGGACAUGUAAUGUUAAUGAAUAGCAGAUAAAGUUUUGGUUCCAAACUACAGCACUAGCUAGAGUAGAGUCUUUGAUGAGUGUUGUGUAAUGUGCUUGCAUUUUGGUUGAGUAUUAGCCUUAAAACUUUGUAUUAAUUUUAUGUUUUUAAUGGAUUUUUUUCCCUGUGUGCCUAAAUGAAAAGAUCUGAAAUUAAAUGAAAAUAACAUCAGCGUGUGAUAAGGUCUAAAAUUGAGUUUGCUGCAAUUAAAUGAAAAUAAAUCAGUGUUUCAUAACAUUUGCUGCUAUGAUCUGAAUACUUGCCAGGUUUUAAAGUCGUCUUUUUCAAACCCACUGAAUGUGUAGAGCUAGCCACUAGUCACUACCAUAGCGCUUUGUUGAAGUCACCCGGCGAUUGAGAGUCUUCGGGGCUGGCCAUUCCUUACUCAUAACAACAAUAAUAUUCUUAAUCAAAGGGAUUUCGGUAGUAACAUUGUUCAGAUGAGAGAAAAUGGUGCUAAGGUAGUGACUUCAAUGCUAGAUGUACAAUUAAAGAUAAUCUGAAAGUUUGAGUGAAAACCAACCAUUAUUAAUGAUAAAAAUGAAAAACUGAUCUGAUCGGUUCCUCAAUUCUCCCAACUAUAUUAAUACAAUUUCAUUUCAUUUUAGGUGAAUGUAAAUCAUCACAAAGCAAUGAGUUGGCUCUAUAUACCAUUCCAGACAUUUUAGUAUUAAAAGAUUUUAAAAGCCUGUCUUAUGUCUUAUUUUUAUGGAAAAAUGGUCGGGAGAAUUAACUGUUAGAGGAUGUUUCACAGUGACACCUUCACAGAAAACCAUAAAUAUCUUUGUGGUUUGAGAAGUUUUUCAGGAUUUUUUGCAU